ACCCCAGGCCAAUAAAUGGAAGCCUGAAAUCCCAUUAAGACACUGUUUACUGUGGGAAAUGUUGGUGAUGUCAUUGUCAAUGCAUUUCUUACUGCUUUGUUUCUUUUUCACAACUUCUGCCUCCCCACUCAUUUCGCUAACGUUCCCUUCCUGUUCCAUUUAGACCCCCAUUAUGGGAUGCAAAACAAUAAAAGUUGGGACACAGACUGAAGCAUGGUAACUGUGGCUGUAGGGCUAAAGUAGAUUAUGGGUCUUUUAACUGUAAAUGGGGAAAAUGUGCUUGAAAGGCUCACACACUCAAGCAGACUGGAUCCACUUUCAUUCACUGUAUACGAUAACACAGAAGCGCUGCCAGUUCCUCUGAAAACCACAGAAGGUAUAAAAAAAUAUCAGUGUCAGAAUGACUCCUGUGGAUGUACAUACUGUACAUUCUCUCUCCCUUACACACACACACACACACACACAUUCUGGUUUCCAUGUUUUGUGGGGACAUUCCGUAGACGUAAUGCAUUUUAUACUGUACAAACUGUAUAUUCUAUUCCCCUUACCUACCCCAUUCCCUAACCCCAACCAUCACAGAAAACCUUUCUUCUGCUACUUCACAUUUUCAAUAAACAUCAUUUCAAAGAAAUAAAGUAAGACAUGAUUAAAAUGAAAACAAGAAACAAAUAUGCAAAAAAAGAAAAGGAAGAAAAGGUAGUUGCUGCAAGUGUGAGCAUUUCUGGGAUGUCUCAGAAUUGGCUUAAACUUCAUUUUCCCCUGUGAUGUCAAUAUGACUAAAAGGGGAAGUGUGCUGUGAGGCAAAAACUGGGCUGUUGCUGUCCUCAGACCAGAAUUCUGCAUUUGGCCUGAGGCAAUAAUCUUCACACUCUGCCUGCAUCUCACUUUUCUUCUUGAAUCAGCAAACCACUCCGGAGUCAACUCGGAAACUACAAUGACAUCCAACAUCACUGAACAUCACUGCAAUGUGUCAACUCAACAUUUGGUUACAAACAUUCUUCCCCCCGUGCUGAUCAUCGAGUUGUUACUUGGUCUACCUGGCAAUGUUAUGGCAUUGUGGAUUUUUUGCAGAAAUAUGCAGUCUUGGAGGGCUAACGUCACAUUCCUGUUCAAUCUUAUUUUGUCUGACUUUCUGCUCCUCUUGAGUCUACCCUUCCGCAUCGACAACUUCAUACGUGGUGAAAUGUGGGUAUUCGGCGACGCCUGGUGUCGGAUAAAUCUAUUCAUGCUGGCUGUCAACCGAUCGGCCAGCAUUGCCUUCAUGACUGCCGUGGCCUUCGACCGCUACUUUAAAGUGGUCCACCCGCAUCACGUAAUCAAUCACAUGACUUCAAAACAAGCAGCCUGUGUUGCCUGCUUCAUCUGGGUGGUUGUGAUAGCCCUGAGGAUCCCUUUACUGGCCAACAACCUCCUAAUCACAGAGAACAACAACUCUUUUUGCAGAAGUUUCAGUAAUUAUGAAAAACCUUCACUAGGUAUCCAACUGCAUUAUGCUGUGUUUAGCUUCGAGUUUUUCGUGCCUCUAAUACUCCUGAUCUUUUGCUCCCUGCGUAUUGCCUGCAUCCUGCGUUCUCGACAGAUGGACAAAGACAAGAGGGGACAAAGAUCAAUUCGGACCGUCCUGGUUAUCGUUGGCGUUUUCAUCUUUUGUUUCUUUCCCAGCAUUGCCACAGGGUUGACUGCCCUUCGUUUAAAAGCUCUUGGAGAAGCUUACUGCAAUUCUUACAAUCUGACCUCUCAGUUUUUUGCUAUGUCCAUAGCAUUCACCUAUCUGAACAGCACUCUGGAUCCGGUCAUCUAUUGCUUCUCCAGUUCUAUAUUUCGCAAUUCAUUGAAAAGAACUGUAAACCGGACUGGCUUCUUACAGUUACAGCUCAGCAGACGGGGCAGCAUGCAAAGUGGCAAUGACUAAGAGAUAGACUUGGAUUGGACAGGAGAAAUGUUGAAUAAGGAUUGAAUGUGGUGUAAAGUGCAUCGCUUUAUUUGUUUGGGCUAUUUUGACUGGUGCAACAUACAGUAGCUACACUGGUUCCAUCAAUGUUGUACAGUAAGUGUGGGGUUGUUCUACUUAUUUGGACCAAGUCAACACGAAACA